AUGCCGAGCUAUCGUGGCGCUCGCGGCUCUGACGGUGGAUGGGGCUCCCAAGAAGAUCAGUGGGGCCGUGGAUACGGUAGAUCUACCAAUAGCGCCCACAAUCCCUAUGAGGUCAAGAUGCCGAGGUUCCUCGUGCCGAUCUACGAGGGUAUGAAGUUCCCUGAAGACACCUCGAUCGUGGUUGUCGACAACCGCGACGACAGAAUGGUGUCGCCUUUUCAGGCGUGGCUUGUUUCUGAGAUCAUGUCAAACGCUGCCAGUUCCAUCAACGUGCUCACAGAGAGAGACCAAGUGAUGCCGCCUAAUUCAGGUUUUUCAGUGGCUCUUUUUGCCAACUAUACACUGGAUGGGAUCAAGGUGGUCUUGGCGCUCUCGCUCGAGAGUGAGACUGGCACUACGUGCGCUGGAUGGGAUGGUGAGACGGCAGCAGCUCUGUCGCACCAGGCUUUUCAGCCUUUCACGUGGCCGAUGCUCAGGGACACAUCAGCAAGCUACACAGACGUGAAGAUCUACAACGGGAAUGAGAUCCUGUUCCAUUGGAUCUUCAGAGGCUUCAGGUCAGACACAGACUUGACAGUCCAGCAACAGUUCGUUGACGAGCACCUGGUCAGAGAAGUGAACCAGGGAAAACCGAGGCUCUCAGUGGUGAUCGCCGUGUUCAUCGGCUACAGGGUAUCAGUUCUGAGUUUUGAGUGCGGGGGUCGCACAUACUCAGUAGGACCCCGUGGCUCCGUGGUUGCAGGCGACUCUGCCAGAUCGCGGUUUGAGCUCAGGUGUUGUUCAAGGUCUACGGCUGACGCAGUGGGCAAUGACGCCGAUCAUGUGGAGUUCCGGUUCAGGGACUCAAACAACAGGAUUGAUUUGAAGUGUUCCAGGACGUCAGUUCCCGGGACAUGGCUCACUGUCUCACACAUCUCUGGACCGACCUUGAUCAAGACCAUACAGUCAGUGAGGGAGAACAAAGCUCGGGUUGAAGGUCCUGAGCAGACCGAGCAGUUCGCGCAGCUCGCCGCCAUCCACCAGACCUGGUGGGAAACAUCGGUCGCCAGCAGUGAAGAUCAGGUGGGCAGCAUGGUGGUGUUCAUCCCCGGAAUGGAGGAGGGCAACUUUCACGUGCAAGCUCGAUCGAAGCUGCUGGUAAGGGAACCCGAAGUCGUUCCAGCCAAAGCUCUGGCUGAGAUGCAGCAUGGCGAGGCUGUGAAAGCUCCCACAGGUCCCCCCUCCUUGACAGGGGAGGCAUGGUUGAGCUCAGCCGAGACGGUCGCCAACAUGGUUAGCAGUUCCAAGGGAUCAGAAGAGAUCGUGCCAGUUCGGCAGCAAGCCAACUACGAGCUCAACUUCCGGUCCUUUGCAACCAAACAUCCUCAAGAAGGGAAACGUGGUCACGUUGUGGAUGCAGAACGAGAUCGUGCUCGCUGCGAUCGCAGGUUUGCAAGAUCCACAGCUCAGCUCACGCCCCAGUUGUUUCACGAGGAGAUUUCCAGGCGAUCGUACAAUGUCUCUACGGCGACGAUCGAAGAGGUCGAUGCAGAGCUUAUCACUCCACCAGAAGACUGGGCGGCUUGGGGCAAAGAGAACGUGGUGGAAGAUGCGGUGGCAGAUCGCCCAGCUCUUAGCAAAGUGCCUCACAGCACUCCUGCAGUUGGGUCUACGGAAUGCAGUGAUCAAGCAGCACCGACCACAGCUCCCCAGUCGUUUGGUCCAUCGGCUCAGACGGGCCAGGAUGUGGAGGAGCCUCGUUUGGUGGGUGAUCACCCCAAAUACGCGGUUCAGGGUUGGAUCCCCAGUGCUGAUCAUGCACGGGCUGUGGGCGAUCGCUCCCGGGGCCUCAAUCGUAUAGAGCUAUGGCUGUCGCUAGCAGAUGAUGGGGAUGGGGAUACGGCAGAUCACAAGCUGUGCCUAAUCCUGUCUGCUCUGACCCAAAAACAAGAGGUGAUGGAUCAGAUUCUUAGCCGGCUGGAUAUGGUCAACGUCUUGGCCUCUAUGGUGUCCAGAUCGACUGAGAAGAUCCGCCGUGAGAUAGCGGUAGACUUGGGCUAUGGGUACGCUGAGCCGGCGUCGAUCGGCGCAAAGCGUAAGCCUGUGGCCGGCCCGCUUCCUACGCCAGCUCCUCUGGUAGUCGGAGCCAGACCUUCGAGUCAGGGACCGACCGAGGAAGUUCCAUCUAUCCAGGUGGUCGAGGCUUCGGAAAGGAAGAAGUGGGGGCUCAGGCUCCAGAAGAUCUGCGAGCGCGCAGGUGCAGCCUCUGGGCUCAAUGAUGCAAAGAGGUGCGCUGGCCUGCUGCCAGCUGAGGCAGCUCGCCUCAAGAGCUUGGCGUUUGAGGCAGGCGGGUUCCGCACCAUCAGACAGAAUGUUCGUUAUUGGGAGAAGUUUGAAGAGUGGUCGAUCGGCCACGGACUACGCGUGUACCCGCCCACGAUCGUUGCAGUCAUGAGAUAUGCACUGCACCUGCGCGAUCAGGGGUGUGGUCCUUCCAUUUUGCCUGCGUUCAAGUACGCACUGGGGUGGAUAUGCAAGAGGCUCGUCAUGCAGACCCCGAACAUGGCAGAUCCACAGCUCAAGGCCAUCAUAGAUGAGGUCUACAAUUUGCGAGGCAAGGAGCUCAAGGAGGCGGUCCCAGUGCCGCCGAAGAUGGUCCUUGCCUUAGAGCUCCUUUGUAUUAAGCUCAUCAAGGAGAAGAAGGACGCAGCGGCGAUCUUCGUGUGGUGGGCGCUCAUCCUUAUCUAUGCGUCGCUCAGGUUCGACGACGGGAUCCAUGUGGCCCCGCUAUCACUGCAGAUGAACCAGGACGCUCUCUUGGGUGUGGUAUGGCAGACCAAGGUCGAAAGGAAGAAGCGAGGCACGAGAUUCGCAGUGCCCGCAUGCUCUAUGUCGGACCAUGAUUGGCUCGAAGAAGGGUGGAAGAUCUUCCAGCCGUUCAUCUCGGAGAGGGAUUACUUCAUCUGGGAGAUCAAGAAUGAGAAAGAGUUCUCUGCUGCUCCUAUUUCAUACUCGAGAGGGUUGGCUUGGCUCAAGCACUUCAUGCUCCUAGGCCUUGCAGAAGCAACCAAGCUCGGCUACGUGGCAGCAAAUGAAGUUGAUCAACUGGAAGAAAGCAUCCAGGUGAUCACUUGGCACUCUAUGAGAGUCACCAUGUUGUCGGAGGCAGUGAAGGCGAAUGUUGACGACAAGAUCGUCGGCUUACAAGCCAAUUGGAAAGAUCCGAGCCAGUUGGUCUUGAAGUAUGCCCGGCAGCGCAAGGAGCUCUCAGUGGCCAUGGUCAAGCAGAUGGCGAGCAAGCUCAAAGACGCAUGGCUCCCAGACCCUGAGAAGUUCGUCAUUGAAGAAGAAGACGAGGAAGUCACGGAACCGGUCGUGACUGAGUUCAUCGUCAAGGCAACUCUGCCAGAGAAAGCUCUGGUAUCAGCAGAUUUUAGUUGUGCCGUAGCAAGGCUCAGAUUUGAUGUAGGGACUUUUCUUUUGUCAGGGGUUCAAGUGCCCAACAUGGUCGAUCGGACCGUCUACGCUGAUGAUGCUCACACGCCCAAGAUCGCGCUUAGGCAAAUUUUUGGGCGCAUGGGCUUGCCGCAGGCUCUGUGCCGUUCGGCAGCAGAUGGCGGGCUGCUCUCUGUGGAAAUCUUUGCAAUGUUGGGAGACACUGCACAGGCAGUGAAAACCUCGCUCAGGACCAUGAUCACCGAGGCAGAUCUUGGCACGACAGAUGCUGCCAGAGAGCUGGCACUGAUGCAGCUCGCAGCAGUAUGGCAUGCAUGUCACGCUCUUCAAGGGCAGUUCGCCACCCGGCGGGCGCGCAUGGAAGAGGACCCAAACAAGGUUCCGGAAAUGGCGCAAGAAGAUCAUGCUGAGUUCCGAGCGCGGUUUGUUCAAGCCCACCCAGAUGUCAUUUUGCUGGACGCUAAGGAGCCCCACAAAAAGUUCGUGGAGAAGCUCAGCCGUGAUUUCUUGGUUCACGGCAUGGUGCCGUACUACUCAGUGGCCGAGAUCCGGACACGUUCCGACAGCAUAGUGCAGAAGUCGGGGCUCUCCAAGAACGCAGAGGAUCUUUUGACGAUAUCCAAGGCGGACGAACCUGAUCAGGUCACUGAUUCCAUGACCAUGAUGAACAGGAUCCAUGCCUUUUUCAUGGCCUUGGAAUAUCUCAACAUUUGCACCUAUUCUCGUGCGGCUGGCCCACUGCGCUACAUGCAGGAGCUCGAGCAAUUUCGCUCGGAGUGCCCGGGCCUGCCUUACCUGUUGGCUGCAGACUCUUUGAUCAGGAAGAAGGUCAAUAGGUUGCAAGCUGAGCAGCGCCAAUUGUAUGGCACGUUCGAGGACGCCAUCAUCGAGGUCCUGAACAACCACAAGUACCUUUGGAACGACGCCCGAACCAAGGCAGUUCUUUCCAAAGUCGACCGGCGCAGAGAGGAAGCCAGCGAGACAGGCGACUCGCAAGACAAGGUCGUCGAGGCGGUGCCCAAGAGUUCUCCCAACAAGGAGCGGAAGAAGCGCCAGCGGCUCCGCAACAAGGCGCUCCUUCGCGAAGCAAAGGAUUCCAAAGUCAAGAAAGAUCCAGCUGACAAAAAGUCAGCUCCAGCAAGAGACGAGAAGGUCAGCAAGGACAAGCGGAUCCCAGACACAGAGUGGAAAGCGAUCGUGCAAGCCGCUAGCUCAGUGACGGGCCCAAAGCGAUGUCACUAUUUCAACUCCACCAUGGGAUGCUCCUUGGGCGACAAGUGCAGGUUCAAGCACCAGUGCAUGGUCUUCGCAGGGGAGGCAGGGCUGACACAAGCCAUCAUUGCUCGUGGCAUUAAGACCCUGCCCCCUAUUGAGAUCUUGGCCAACAAUUUUGUCGUCGAAGAAGUUGAUAUUUUGGAUCCCAAGGUUUUUCAACAUUUGUGCAAGUUAAUUCAAGCAGGGUGCAUUUUCUUUAUUCAUUUUGGCACACCCUGCUCUUCUUUUAGCCAAGCUCGCAAAGAUGAUGGCGGCCCCCCACCGUUGCGUGAUCGACACAACCUGUGGGGGCGUCCAGCACUUUCUCAGCAAGAUCAAGCAAAAGUCGAGCUUGGUAACCAGUUCAUGGACCUCACUGCGAAGCUCUUGGUUUUAUGUUGCCAGUUCGGCGUCCAUUGGUCGCUGGAGAACCCGGCGACGUCUUACUUGUGGGACAUGCCCCCAGUUCGAUCUCUGGCGGCUCGUGACGGAGUGGGUCGGUUCAAUCUGGACAUGUGCAGGUUCCAAUCCAAACACAAGAAGCCUACAGCGCUCUUGUCUGAUUGCGACCUCAGUGCGCUGGCGCUCUCCUGUGAUCGAGACGCGCGGCCUCAUGUUCACGAACCCUUAGUGGGCAUGGUCAUGUCCAAGGGCAAGAAGAUUUUCAAAACCAAGCUAGCUCAGGUCUAUCCCACGCUUCUAUGUCAAGCAUGGGCAAAGGUGAUCGCAUCUCUGCAGGCUGAUCCGCUGGCUGCCACCUUCCAGAUGGCCGUGCCAGCUCAUGAACGGAAACGGCCGCUCGGCCAGCCAUUGCCAUGGGUCGUGCACAAGCAACGCGCGACAGCAGAGAAAGCUCGUGAUGCAGGAUACCAGCUCAAGCGUUCGGCUCUACCGCCAAUCUUGCAGGUUGAGAUGGAACCUGGUCAAGCUGUUCAACAAGCUUUACAAGUUCCCCAUCCUUUCACUUUGGAUCCAGCGCUUGAUCCCGAUCUUCAAGAGGCUCUGUCGUUCGUCGUGCAUAAGCCUCACCAACUGCUUGGUCAUCGGCAAGGUGCUUUACAGUUCUGGGCUGCGCGGGCUGAGCGUCUUUUGCCGCUCACGGAUCUGGAGCUCCGUGCUAUCCAGGAUCCCUACCUGCGGUCGCUACUGCGCGGAGUACCCGAUGACCAACCUGUUCAGCUUGGCACGGUCACGCAUGUCGCCCUGUGGCGAGAGCUGCUCGCUGCCAGUCGAUGUAUUGACAGCUCAUUGGUGGACGAGAUGAUCAAUGGCUUCUCCAUCGUCGGCGACAUCAAGCGCUCAUUUCGUUGGCCGCGAUUGCCGCUGCCAGAUGAUGCUCUUCCAGAACAAGAUCUUGUUUCGAGGGCCUGGGAGUUUUCCAACAAGGUCUUGCGGAACGUGAAAAGAUCCGAAGUCACAGAGAACACCUCCAAGAUCUGGGAGGCGACUAUGGAAGAUGUUCGAGAAGGUGUUACAGCAGGUCCUUUCUUCUCUAAAGACGAGGUCGACAAGUUCCUCGGCACUGAAAAUUGGAUCCCUACUCAGCGGUUCGAAGUGGUGCAGAAGAACAAGGUCAGAGGUGUGGACAGUGCCACGAUCAAUGGCAUCAACAUGGCGUCCAGGAUCCUGGAAAAGAUCGAGCUGCCAUCUACAGAUGCGAACGUGUCUGCUUUGAGCGUGAUCUCGCUCCGCGAACCUGACACAGGGAAGAUCUCAUUUUUCGUCAUGAUUGGUCAUUCUUUUGGAUUGGUAGCGGCGGUCUACAAUUACAAUCGUAGAUCUGCGGCUAUUACUGAUAUACUUCGUAGGGUCUUUUUCGUGGCGGCUUUCAACUUCUACGAUGAUAAGUACGGGUUCGAAACCGAAGUCACCUGCUCUUCAGCCUUCGAGAUUGCUCAGAAGGUUCACUGGUGGCUAGGUGCCAAAUUCGAUCCCAAGAAGCUCCAGCUCUGCGAGGACCCCACGAUCUUGGGGGUGACCUACGAUUUGAAAGCUAUGUGCCUGAAGAUCAAACCUUCGAGAAAGGAGGAGCUGCUGGACGAGAUCAAGUCUAUCCUCUCCUCCGAGACCUUGUCGCCUGGACAAGCAGGCAAGUUGCGCGGCAAGCUCAUGUUUGGCGCUUCACAGUUGUGGGGGAAGAUCGGCAGGGCCUUUCUGAGAGCUCUCUCAGAGAGGCAGUACACGAGAUCGCCCAAGACUGGUCUCAACCUUGCUCUAAAGCUCGCGCUGAAACAGUGGGAGCUGCUGAUCGAUCAUGGACCUCCAAGACCUAUCACUGCAUCGGGCGCUCGACCUGCUGACUACGUCAUUUUCACAGAUGGCAGUUUCCCCGAUCAGGAGAGCGACUUGCAAGAUCCUUGGAUUGGCGGCGUGUUGUUCAAGAAAGGCGCCAGACCGAUCCAGUUUGGAUGCAAAGUGGGCAUGGACUUGAUUGAUAAGUGGAUCCCGCGGAAGUCACAGAUCGCCAUGGUGGAGCUCUUCGCUACGGUCGUGGCGCUCCAGACUUUCAAGCCCUGGAUCUCCAACUCUUGGUCCCUGCUCUUUGUUGACUCUGAACCUGUUCAAGGCGCGUUAGUGAAAGGUUACUCUGCACGUGAAGAUCUUUGCGAAUUGGUAGGAGUGUUUUGGAAAUUGGCUCUUGAUGUUCACAUUAAUCUGUACAUCGAUCGAGUGAAGCUCUGCUUCGUAGGCCAUGCGCGCGCGGGGAAAACUUCUACUCUACUGGCACUAGCGGACAAACCCUUCGAUUGCCUGCAGCCGAGCACCCAUGGUGUGGACACCUGCGUGUUGGCCAAUGAGCUCCUGAUCUCUCAGCAGAAGGCUGUGGACGGCGAUGGCGACCUGUGGGGCGUCCUGGAAGGCAGCAGCGUCCGGGAGCUGCUGCAACGGGGCGUGGCCAAGGGGCUGGCGGAGCAGCUCACUCCCUGGAAAGAUCAAAGUCAGAAAGAAACUGGCAAGGACGUUGACGUUGCGGCGAAAGCAUCCGGGUCUGCCUCGAGCUCCAAGGAGGUGGCACCAGCCCCAGCCAGUGCUGUGGAUGCUGGCGGAAAAACGGGUCACCAUUUCUCGAAUUUGGGUGAGAUGCUGGAAAUCACCAAGAUGCCGACCAAUUUGGUGGCAAAAGCAAUGUCUCAAACUUCCGCAGAGGAACCGGAUCAGGUGGUUCUUCAAACCUGGGACUUUGCGGGACAAGAGAUGUACUAUUCGAUGGCGCACAUCUUCAUCACGGCGCCAGGCAUCUACGUCCUGGUGAUCGACCUCAGCAGCUGGUUGGAAGCCGCCUCCAUGCCCGGAACCAUGUGCUCUGAUGGCUUGCCUUUGGAGCUCUCCGACUCGUUAGAUUUCUGGCUGGCCGCUGUGUUGGUCCACGCCCCUGAUGCGCGCUUCAUCAUCGUGGGGAGCCAUGAUGAUAUGAUUCCUCCAGACUUGUCUCCUGUGGUACGUUCUCGAGUCAAUGCAUAUCUGCAGCAACGGCUGGAUAACCCUGCCUUCCACUCUCGACUUUUUGUGAACGAGGAAGAACAGUUGCUCUUCUUCCCCGUGGACAACAGCCGUUCCACCGUCGCGGCGCGGCAGGGCCUAGCGCGGCUACGGAAGAUCUUGGAUCAGCUGGCGCUGGAAGCGGCAGAGGACGCGGGGUGGAUUCCAACCCGCUGGGCGCAGUUCUUUACCGUCAUGGCUGGCGAGAACGGCGUCAGGAGGCCAUUUGUGACACUUGAGGAGUUAACGGCCUCCGCCUCCUUCUUUGGCAUGGGCGGCGAGGACCUGGACAGUUGCCUACGUCUCUUUCACGGCCUUGGCCAACUCCUCUACUUUCCAGGCUCUCCAGCCGUAGUCUUGGAGCCACAGUGGCUGCUGGAUGCCAUGGCGCAGAUGGUCGCGUGUCCACGGGUGCUGCAGCGAAACUCCCAUCAUGCCGCCGCGCUCCUUCAGAAAGGCGAACUCUCCGUAGAGUUGAUGCAGAUCCUCUGGCGCGACGAGAAAUUCCAGGGCCAGGAGGCGACGUUGCGAGCCUUCUUGGAACACUUCAGUCUGUUGGUACCUAUCCACUCAGGUAGCCGUCCCUCUUGGUUGGUGCCGAGCCUUUUGCCAAAACGGCGACGGCAGCUAGCAACGCAGGCAGAUGGUGUCAAGGCGGCCUCGUUGUACUUCGACUUUCACGGCGCCCUGCGUCAGCUGCUGCCCUCGCUGCUGCCGCGCCUCUAUGCCACGCUGCAGCGCGACGAGCCCACGCUGCGGGGGAAGAUGCUCUGCCAGGACUUUCUGGCGUUUUCCAUGGAUGUGAUCUUGGUGACAUUGGAGUUAAUCCACCUGGAGCCCUGUGAAACCUUGAAGUUGACCGUCACAGCCUCUGAAGAGGUCGACCAUCACAUGAUGUCCAAGACCUUCCGCUUGGUCUCCGAGGGCCUGGCUGUGUCGCUGCCGCGGCUGAGCUUCGCCACUAAGGUGCCGUGCCCUGCGUGCGCGUGCAGUUGGCCAUCUUCCCAGCUUGAGCCCAACGACAGCACUCCCAAGGAGGAGACGACCUGGAUGCCCCGUGUCGGUGAGCAGGUGGAAGUCUUCAGCAAGUCAGCGCAGUGUUGGUGUUUGGGCUCCAUCCAGAAGGUGGGAAGGACGGACGUGACCACCACCUUUCAACGGCCGGAUGCCCUUGCCAAUCAGUUCUGCGAGACAUUUGGUCACAUCUUCUGCGAGAAGGUGGUUAUUCAUAAGAAGACCUUGGCCAUCACGCAUCCAGACCUUCGUCGCCUGCCAAAAAUCACUCAGUGCAGCACUGAGCAAAGCAAGGCGACCAAUACGCGGAGUUGCAGCGGUUCAAUGGGAGCUCCCCAUUUGCUGGACCUCAGCGAUGUGGUGGGCGAAUGGCAAUUGUUUUGCAGCGUUUCACAGAGCGUCUUCUCUGAGAAGUCCCUCCCAGCCUACCUGCGCGCCUGGCGUGCUGCACAGCUGGAGAUGGAGAAACCGAGCUCGCUGCGCGGCUGUAGCGAACAGACUUUGGCGGGCGACUGCAGUAGCGAUGCAGUGAUGCAGCUGGACUUCUUGUACGCUUCACCUUUGCACUGGGGUAGUUUGCCUUUGAACAGCUUAGACAUCAUGUCGGAGCUGCAGGCACUACGUGGCAUUGUGGGCAUUUCGCCACGGAUCGAAGUGGCCACCAUGGAAUCUCUUCAGGAUGCACUCCUCCGCAAGGCAGAGCUUCCCACGGUGCUUCACCUGUCCGCGCAUAUCGGCACGCCCAUGCUGCCACUGAAACCCCAACUCCUCUUGGAGGACCAGCGCGGCGUGGCGCACGCCUUAUGUGAAGAUGCCUUAGCUCCCUUGGCGUCCUGGGAGGCUGAAGCCGCCAGUGGUGCAAGUUGGCUCUUUGUUUUCCUGGCAUGUGGUUCUAAGCAGAUGGUGGAGCAUUUGAUGCAGAGUGCCGGCCUGCGGCAUGCCAUUUGCUGUGCCGGAGACGUGCUGGACGCGGCCGCACGGGUCUUUUGCCGAGCCUUCUACAAGGCCUUGGCGGCGGGAAAAAGUGUGGUGGAGAGCCAUGCCGUGGCACAAGCCUCUGUCCGGCACAGCGCCAAUUUGGGCAUUCGCCACGAAUCGCCGCGCCACGUCGCGGCCACCGUUCUGAAGGAGAAAUUCCUCUACCUUGUGAAGUCGGAGAUCGAUAGCCCCGUCGAUAUCGACCGGAUCACCCGCGUGAAAACGGCCCCUUGGAUCUCAUGGCCUUUGUGGCCGCGCGUGGAGGACUAUGCAGCCUGUCGUUUGAUCGACAGCUGCCGCAUCGCCAAUGCCUUCAAGGACCGUCGUGUGGUGCUGGUCCUGGGGGAUCAGGGGAUUGGAAAGUCAGCCAUGUGUCGCGAGUUUUGCGCCUACUUCUCCGCCCCGGGCCGUCUCUUCUCGGAUCGGGCCCUACUGCUCGACGAGGCAAAGGGGUGA